CACCCAUUGAACUACACGUAAUUAACUCGAAGCCCUCGUGCAACAUUCAACAAACUGGCGACAUCAUGGGCAAGGAGAAAAAGAAUAAAAACGACGACAAGAAGGCCAAACUAGCGGCCAAAAAAGCAAAGCAGGCCAAUAAAGCCGAGAAGAAAGCAAAGGUCAAGGCAUCCAAACUCGAUGGCAGCGACGCCGAGGAUGUUGAUCUGGACGCCGUCCUCGAGGAGUAUCGCCGCCAGCAGGAACAGUUCCUCAAGAUCACCGAGACCGUCUGCGACGGUCCUCCGAAACCCCGGUCCGCAUCAUGCUUCCUCGCCUCCCCCGCCGACCGAAACAACCUCCUCCUCUUCGGCGGCGAGUACUUCAACGGUGCCCUAGCCCAGUUCUAUAACGACCUGCACGUCUACUACAUCGACCGCGACGAGUGGCGCUGCGUCACCUCCCCCAACGCGCCCCUGCCCCGUUCCGGCCACGCGUGGACCCGCGCCAGCAACCCGAGCCACGUCUACCUCUUCGGCGGCGAGUUCUCCUCGCCGAAGCAGGGCACUUUCCACCACUACUCCGACUUCUGGCGCCUCGAACCGGCCACCCGGGAAUGGUCCAAGAUCGAGUGCAAGGGCAAGACGCCCCCGGCCCGGAGCGGCCAUCGGAUGACCUACUGGAAGCAGUACAUCAUCCUCUUCGGCGGCUUCCAGGACACCUCCAACCAGACAAAGUACCUGUCCGACCUCUGGAUCUACGAUACCCAGGAUUUCUGCUGGCACUCCCCGAACCUGCCUGCGGCCCAGCUCAAGCCCGACGCCCGCUCGUCCUUCACCUUGUUGCCCCACGAGAACGGCGCCGUCCUGUACGGCGGUUAUUCGCGCGUCAAGACCACCGUGGCCGCGAACAAGCAGGCCAGGGGCGCCUCGCAGGGCUCGAGAAGCAUCCUCAAGCCGAUGAUCCACGAAGACUGCUUCUUCCUCCGCAUGUCGCCUGCCCCCGAAGGCUCGCCGGCGACCGCGCCGCCCGUGGUGCGGUGGGAGAGACGGAAGAAGCCCGCCAAUGCGCCGAACCCCAAGCGGGCCGGUACCACGAUGACCUACCACAAGGGUCGAGGUAUCCUGUUCGGCGGUGUGCACGACGUCGAAGAGUCCGAGGACGGGAUGGAAAGCGAGUUCUUCCGGGAUCUCUUCGCGUGGAACAUCGAGAGGAACCGCUUCUUCCCCAUGACGCUCCGGAAACCCCGCCAACAGAAGAAGGCGGGUGCUUCGGAGCAGCGCGGUGGCGGCCGUCGCGCUCGUGCGCAGGAUCGCGAGGAGGAGCUUCUGAAGCAGCUGGCCGCGCUGCAGAGCGGUGCGUCUUUAGAUGACGCCGAUGACAUGGACAUUGAGAAGAAGCAGCCGGAGGAACCGGAGGAUGACGAAAAACCCACCAGGGAGAUGCUCGUGUCGAUGGAGCUCCCUCACCCUCGCUUCAACGCCCAGCUAGCUGUCCAGGAUGAUGUCCUUUAUAUUUAUGGGGGGACAUUUGAGCAGAAGGACCGCGAAUUUACCUUUGAUGAUUUACACGCCAUCGAUCUCGGCAAGAUGGAUGGCUGCAAGGAGAUUUUCAACCGACCUGUCGAGGACUGGAUUGAGUCCGAAUCGGAAGGAGAAGACGGAGAAGAAGACGACGAAGAAGAAGAAUACGGAAGUGAAGACGAGGAAGGAGAUAAUGAAGUCUUCGACGAAGAACAAAAGCACAAGCACCAUAUGCCCAGCAAGAGGAAGAAGAAACAGGAUGAGACGGCAACGGAAGAAACGGCCUCGACUGUCUCGACUGUCGAUUCUUCCGUGGGCGAGGAAGAUGACACCGAAACGGCGGCCACUUCGGUCGAUGACGGUCUUCCACACCCCAGGCCGUUCGAGUCGAGACGCGACUUUUUUGCGCGGACGUCCAACGAGUGGCAGGAAGUCUUCAUCACCAGUCUCCGAUGGAAGAAGAUCCAACCCGAGACAUACCCCAUCAAGGAAAUCAAAGCCAAGGCUUUCGAACUCAGCGAGGAGAAGUGGUGGGACAGUCGGGAGGAGAUCACGGCCUUGGAGGAGGAACAGGAGGCCGCGGGUAUCGCCGAAGUGGUCUCGCUGGCCGAAAGGGGAGACACCACAGGUGCAGGUGGUGCGAGACGGAGAUGAUGGGACUUUUGAGUCCUGUAGAUUUUCUGGAUAUGACGUGAAUAAAAUAUCUCACCAUGUCGACUGGAUGUCCUAGGGAGUAAAUUAUUCGUAC